AUGUCCAAGGCCAAGGCCAACCCUCUACCACUCGGCGACGCUCUUCGCGACCUGGCACUCCUUCGCGCGUCCGACUGCGAUCUGUCUUCGGUACUCCCUCCAGCAUCUCCCUCAUCAGCAGAAGCCUCGUCGGUGGGCACCGACGAGAACACUCGUGCUGUUCACGAGUCCGUGGCUAAAUCGUAUGAGUUCGUGCGCGAGGCGCGUGCGGUGAUCAAGCUGCUCGACCGAGGGGUGGUAGACAGGCAGGGCGGUCGGGUUGAAGACGUUCGGGCCAGGCUUGAGGACGUCGGCCGCGGCUUGGACGGCCACGGAAAUACGUAG